AUGAAUUUUUCUUGGGAACCAUUUUGCGCCCCUUUGAAUGAAAACGAGGUAAGAUUCUAUGAAUCUUUCGAACAAGGGAAUGUGGGGGAUUUUGUUCGCAUUAAGGUACGUGUUAAACAUGAACUAUGCAUCACUCCCCAACAACAUCCUUCUUUAAUUUUACCUUUUGAUCGGUUUAUACAUGAGCGAAUCAUGCUUGUUCCUUACCAAGAUUUUCUUCAACAUGCUUUGAUAUACAUGCAAGUUCACUUUCCUAAUGUUAUCAUCCCCCAUGAGUUGAUGUACACAAUGCUGCCGUUUUUAAUGACAUGUGUAAGGGAUGCACGAAGUUCACCUUCCGGAUUUUACUAUGAAAGUCCUCGAAUUCGUGUUUUUCCUCUAGGUUUGAAUGUUUUUGUUCGAAUGUUAUUUGGUCAGAGUAACAAUGCUUCCAUCAAUAACAUAAUCGCCAGGUUAGAUUCUAUGGGAGAGGUGCAAUUUGUUCCGGCAUCAAAGGAAGCCAUUGAGUCUCUUGAGAAGGUGAAGAUCCAAAACUCUAAUGCCAUUGAAAAGUGUAGUGUCUGUCAAUUUGAGUUCAAUGUUGGAAUGGAGGUCACAAAAAUGCCUUGCAAUCAUUUGUAUCAUCAAGAGUGCAUUGUUCAGUGGCUGGAAACUAAUCACAUGUGCCCAAUGUGCCGCUACGCAAUGCCAACUUCAACCAGUGCCUGA